CGCGCCGGCAGGAGGGCGAUGGUGGCGGCGUGAGGGGCGCUGCGACUCGCGCUGUCUGCCCGGCCGGCGCGGAGAGCGGCGGGGGAGCGGUGCUCGCCAUGAGGCUGCGGGAGGACGGGGACAGCCGCAGGGCGCUGCCGGCGGCGGGGCUGCUGCAGUAAUGGGCAGCGGCAGCGCUGACUCUCGGCUGCCGUGUGGUGCCAGCGCGCCCGCCCGGCGGGACCGCCCGCGAGGAGCCGGCGGCAGUCCUGCAGUCCUCCCUUCAUCUGCUGUGUGAAGAAUGAUGAUUCCAUGAGAGAACUUCCUCUCCAUUACCCGUCUACUGCUACUGCAUGCUGCUCCUGACCAGUGAUGAGCCAUUCCGCUAGACUGGGAUUUACCCUGAGGAGGGGAGAGGCAGAAUAUGAAUUGUAGACAUCCUGUCAAGUUUCUCCCACACUCUUUUUACUGUGUCUGUAUAUAAACCUGUAUCAAGCACACACGCUCUUUGAAACCUCCGUUGGGAUCCACGCAGUUGCUGCUGUGUAAGAGGACUGGUAUUUCUCACCACCAUGGCUUCAGUUUGGAAAAGACUGCAGCGUGUUGGGAAACAUGCAUCCAAGUUCCAGUUUGUGGCCUCUUACCAGGAAUUGAUGGUUGAGUGCACCAAAAAAUGGCAGCCAGAUAAACUAGUGGUGGUUUGGACAAGAAGAAGCAGAAGAAAAUCCUCUAAGGCACACAGCUGGCAGCCUGGAAUCAAGAACCCAUACCGUGGGUUGGUGGUGUGGCCUGUACCUGAAAAUGUUGAAAUUACUGUGACUCUCUUCAAGGAUCCUCACGCUGAAGAGUUUGAAGACAAGGAAUGGAUGUUUGUCAUAGAGAACGAAUCUCCUUCUGGACGUAGAAAAGCGCUUGCCACCAGCAGCAUCAACAUGAAGCAAUAUGCCAGCCCCAUGCCUACACAGACAGAUGUCAGGUUAAAAUUCAAGCCUUUGUCUAAGAAAGUGGUAGCUGCCACACUACAGUUCUCCUUAUCUUGUAUUUUCCUGAGGGAAGGAAAAGCCACGGAUGAAGACAUGCAAAGCCUGGCUAGUUUGAUGAGUAUGAAACAAGCUGAUAUUGGUAACCUAGAUGAUUUUGAGGAAGACAAUGAAGAAGAUGAAGAAAACAGAGUGAAUCAAGAGGAAAAGGCUGCAAAAAUUACAGAGCUUAUCAAUAAGCUUAGUUUUCUGGAUGAAGGGGAGCAAGACCCGGCCAACUCCACCACAAACCCUUUUGGUGAUCCUGACACAGCAGAAUUAAAUCCGUUUGGAGACCCUGAUGUAGAAGAACUACACCCUGAAAGAGCUGCAUCUUCAAAGCCAGAAGAAAGUUUCUAUGUUGACAGUUACAAUCCCUUCAAGGAUGAAGAUGCUCCAGAGUACUUAAACCCAUUUGAUGAGCCGGAUCAUCCACCUGAAGCACCUGGAAGUGUAAGAGAUUCUCCUCCACAACCUGCAAAAAGGAAAAGCAUCAGACCAGUGGAUAUGAGCAAAUACCUCUAUGCAGAUACCUCUAAAGCUGAGGAGGAGGAGCUGGAUGAAUCAAAUCCAUUUUAUGAACCAAAAUCAAGCCCUGCUUUAAUUAAAGUUGCUCUGCAAGAACCAGAAAAGAAGAUGAAAAGAAAAGCUCCUGAACCCCCAAACCUCUUGCCAAAGACAGAGAUGGGCAUGGGUGAGAACAUGUCAGCAAUUCCUGCAUCAAGGGACCUUUCUUCCUCUCCUAAGCCAAGCCCAAUACCAAGUCCUGUUUUGGGGAGAAAGCCAAACGCUAGUCAGUCAUUGCUCGUGUGGUGCAAAGAAGUUACAAAAAACUAUAGGGGAGUGAAAAUUACCAAUUUCACCACGUCGUGGAGAAACGGUUUAUCCUUUUGUGCAAUAUUACAUCACUUUAGACCAGACCUAAUUGACUACAAGUCCCUGAAUCCUCAAGAUAUUAAAGAGAACAACAAAAAGGCUUACGACGGGUUCGCCAGCUUGGGAAUAUCGCGCUUGCUGGAGCCUUCGGACAUGGUUUUGUUAGCCAUCCCCGACAAACUGACUGUUAUGACCUAUCUCUAUCAGAUAAGGGCACAUUUCUGCGGCCAGGAGCUGAACGUGGUUCAGAUAGAGGAGAACAGCAGUAAGAGCACCUACAAAGUGGGGAACUACGAAACGGACACAAACAGUUCUGUGGACCAGGAGAAGUUCUACGCGGAGCUGAGCGACCUGAAGCGGGAGCCCGGGCUGCAGCCGCCGGACAGCGCUUUGGCUGACUUCGCCUCGCAGGACGACUCCGUGUUCGUCAACGACAGCGGCGUCGGCGAAUCCGAGAGCGAGCAUCAGACUCCUGAUGACCACUUAAGCCCGAGCACAGCUUCCCCUUCUUCACGCAGGACUCGAAGUGACACGGAUCCACAGAAAUCCCAGCAGAGUUCUGGAAGGACUUCCGCGUCUGAAGAAAUUGGGAAGUGUAGCAGCACAGACACAACACAAGUGCAGCCUGUGUUGGGAAGGAAGAAAUUGCUGAUAACUGACACUUUAGACUUCAGUGACUUAGCACAUGUCAGUGAUCAAAAAGAGGAUAUGUCUCCCACAGUUGCUUGUGAAGAUAACAACAAAAAGAGACACCAGAGCUUAGACAGUACCCCUGGUUUCUUGGAGCAAGAAAAGGUGGGAUGUAUAGGAUCCACAGAGAGCACAAGAGCAGAUCCCAGUUCACCUGUCACAAAACCAAGUUUAUCUCCUACUUCUAAGCCUGGAUACUCCUAUAAUAUGGAUACAGAUCUUGCAAAGAAACCACAUGCUUCUCCGAGGCAAACAGAAUCUGAUUCUGACAGUGAUGCCAGAGCAGCUUUAAAUCAUGCAGAUCAAACUGCAAAAACAGCCCAGCAACGUAUGUUGUCAAGACAGGAAGAACUUAAAGAACGAGCGAGAGUUCUGCUUGAGCAAGCAAGAAGAGAUGCAGCAUUAAAGGCAGGGAAUAAGCAACUAACCAGUACCCUCAUCCCAGCCCGCAAUAAGCAGCUGAACGAUCAGCAAGAUGAAGAGCGGCGUCGGCAGCUGAGAGAGAGAGCUCGUCAGCUAAUAGCAGAAGCUCGAUCUGGAGUGAAGAUGUCAGAACUUCCCAGCUACACUGAAAUGGCUGCAGAAAAGUUGAAAGAAAGGUCAAAGGCAUCUGGAGAUGAGGAUGAGGAUGAUGAUAAUAUUGAGAUAGAUACUAAUGAGGAGGCUCCUGAAUGCUCUGUUACUGGAGGUGGAGAUGAACUUACUAACCUAGAAAAUGACCUUGAUUCAACGGCAGAACAAAACAGUAAGUUGGUGGAUUUGAAGCUGAAGAAGCUCCUAGAAGCUCAGCCACAGGUGGCAAAUUCACUCUCCAGUGCUGCUCAGAAAACUGUAACAGAUAGCUCAGAGCAAGACAUUAAGAAUGGAACAGAGGAACAUCGUGCUGAGCGAUCACAAAAAGCAGCAGAACGGUUUAGAAAUCCCGUUGUGUUCAGCAAGGACUCGACCGUCAGGAAAACUCAGCUCCAGUCUUUCAGUCAAUACGUGGAGAGCAGACCAGAGAUGAAAAGGCAGAGAUCAAUACAGGAAGAUACAAAGAGAGGAAAUGAGGAGAAGGCUGCGAUAGCUGAGACUCAGAGGAAGCCAUCAGAAGAUGAAGUGCUUAAUAAAGGGUUCAAAGACACCAGUCAGUAUGUUGUAGGAGAAUUGGCAGCACUAGAGAAUGAGCAAAAGCAAAUUGACACCCGUGCCGCGCUGGUGGAGAAGCGCCUUCGCUAUCUCAUGGACACAGGAAGAAACACAGAAGAAGAAGAAGCUAUGAUGCAGGAGUGGUUUAUGUUGGUUAAUAAGAAGAAUGCCUUAAUAAGACGAAUGAACCAGCUUUCUCUUCUGGAAAAAGAACAUGACCUAGAAAGGCGCUACGAGCUGCUGAACCGGGAGCUGAGAGCAAUGCUGGCCAUUGAAGGUAAGGCAGUGCUGGGGGCCAGGGGGAAAGCUCUCACUGCUGGACAGGUUUGGCACCUGGGAGUGCCAAACGUGGAGGCUUCUCUGAAGCCCAUUGGUAAUGCUGAUAUUUGCAUCACUUUAAUUGAUAGUGCACAGCAAGUGUGCUGGGGCUGCAAUUCCAGUAUUAAGUUUUCUUUGGGAUUAAACGUGCGGGCAGCGCUGCGGCCGGAGGUGCUGCCCGCUAGGAUGCUCAGUGAUGUGGAGACGGUGGCUCCUUCCCGGCCGCUCAUCUGCAGGCACCGGGAGCUGAAUGGCCUCUUGGAGGCUAGAAAGUGUUCCUCUUGGACUGUUCCGACCGAGAAAGGCCGGAAGCCCCUCACUAAGAGGCCAAAGAAACCGCAGGUAAACGGGGUCCGUUUUCACCUCGCACCUCCCCGCGGUCCUGGCCGGCUGUUUGAGCCCGCUGCUCCUGUGCGCAAGGGCAAUGGAGAGCGCGGGUGGGUGGGGGAGAAAGCCAAAAGGACUGCACCCUCUCUCCCCUUCGGCUUCGGGAAGCGCGGCCGGAGAGGAGGAGGACUCCGCCGGGCCGGUGGCGAUGGCUUCUCCCGGUGUUACUGCGGAGCAUAUGGUGCGCUGUGUGAGAUUCCUGCAGCCGCUGGCCGUGGGGGAGCUCGGCGCGGCCGCGGAGGCGAGCGGGGCCGGCGCGCAUCCCGCGCAGCUCCUCACCGCGCCUCUUUCCGCAGGGCCGAGGAAGAGGACGAGCAUUUGGAGAGGACCCUCGAGCAAAACAAAGGCAAGAUGGCCAAGAAGGAAGAGAAAUGCGUUCUCCAGUGAGCGGCCUUCCCGCGGCGGCAGCAAAAUCGCAGCGCGGCUUUCUUACGUUCUUAGAAUGCCGACAUGAGACUGGGAAAAACAAAAACAAAAAAAAAGAAAAAUGUUUUGAAAAAAAAUUAAACUUUUUUCCAUUUUCUUAGGCCAUAUCUAGGCUGCGCCGGGCCCCACUCCGUUGUUUUUUUGUUUUCCAUUCAAGCGAACUCGCGUUGUCCCAUGAUUUCCUUGUGGGCUCAGCUCUCCUGCCGAAAGCGUUGGAAAUGGAAUCGCCGAGACCCCUGGCGUGCGGGCGAUGCCGGAGAUGGGCGGAAGGAGGAGAAGAAAUAGUCUAUCCUGGUUUCUGGAGCUGGAGGAGGGCUGAGUUUUGAAAUAAAAAUGUUUUUGUCGUAAUAGGAUUAGAGAGGGGGAUAUAGGAAAAAAAAAAAAAUCAUUGGGAAUGGUUUGAUCUAGUCCUGCCAUAUGUAAUACUUAAUAAGCUACCUACAUUUUAUAGUUAGGUCAGAUCCACCCCAGUUAUUAUUAAAAAUGUGCUGUAUUUA